AUGACGGAGAAGGCGCAAUUAGCAGUUCAGGAUGUGAACAGCUUGGAUAUCACCAAGUUGUCACCGCUGACACCAGAGGUGAUUAGUCGCCAGGCGACCAUAAACAUUGGCACGAUUGGCCAUGUGGCACACGGUAAAACGACUGUUGUGCGCGCUAUCUCAACUGUACAUACAAUUCGUCACAAAAACGAGUUGAUCAGAAAUAUUACUAUAAAGCUUGGUUACGCUAAUGCGAAAAUCUACAAAUGUGACAAUCCUGAAUGCCCUCCUCCCGGCUGCUAUCGGUCUUUCGGUAGCGCCAAUGCGGACGUUGUGGACUGUGAACGUGAGGGUUGUGGAGGCAAACUGCGUCUUGUUCGGUAA